GUGAUUGACGCGCACAAGCUCACCAAUGCCAUUGCCCACCGCCCCCCCGGCACGCCCCUUCUCACGGUGGCCAAUCACGUGGCAGCAAUGGACGACCCGCUAGUCAUGGCAGCAGUGGUGCCGCCAUCUCUCAUGCUCGCCCGCCCCGCCUCUCUCCGCUGGACCCUCUGUGCCACCGACCGCUGCUUCUCCUCGCCGCUCCUCUCUGCUUUCUUCACCUCGCUGCGGGCUUUACCGGUGGAACGCGGAGGAGGGCUGGAGCAGCCGGGCAUGGUGGCAGCGGCGCAGCGCCUGAGCGAGGGCGGGUGGGUGCACAUUUUCCCCGAGGGCACUCGCUCGCUGGAUGGCGAGCGCACCGUUGGGCCCAUGCGCAGAGGUGUUGCGUGGCUGGCAGCGCAGUGCGAAGUGCCGCCCCUCAUCAUCCCAGUGGUGCAUGUCGGCAUGCACCGCGUGCAAGCUAGAGGACAAACGCUGCCAGCCGUAGGCCAACGGCCAGCAGUGGUGUGCUCCUGCCUUCCUGCCUUGUCUGCCCCACCUGCCCUCCCUGCCCUCUCCAACCUCUCCGUUUCCAACCUCCCCUCCCCUCCCCUCCCCUCCCCUCCCCUCCCCUCCCCUCCCCUCCCCUCCCCUCCCCUCCCCUCCCCUCCCCUCCCUCCCCUGCCCUCCCCUGCCCUCCCCUCCCCUCCCCUCCCCUCUCCCUCCCCUCCCCUGCCCUCCCCUCCCCUCCCCUCCCCUCCCCUCCCCUCCCCUCCCCUCCCCUCCCCUCCCCUCCCCUCCCCUCCCCUGCCCUGCCCUCCCCUGCCCUCCCCUGCCCUCCCCUGCCCUCCCCUCCCCUCCCCUCCCCUCCCCUCCCCUCCCCUCCCCUCCCCUCCCCUCCCCUCCCCUCCCCUCCCCUCCCCUCCCCUCCCCUCCCCUGCCCUCCCCUCCCCUCCCCUCCCCUCCCCUCCCCUCCCCUGCCCUCCCCUGCCCUCCCCUCCCCUCCCCUCCCCUCCCCUGCCCUCCCCUCCCCUCCCCUCCCCUGCCCUCCCCUGCCCUCCCCUCCCCUCCCCUCCCCUCCCCUCCCCUCCCCUCCCCUCCCCUCCCCUCCCCUCCCCUCCCCUCCCCUCCCCUCCCCUCCCCUGCCCUGCCCUGCCCUCCCCUCCCCUGCCCUCCCCUGCCCUCCCCUGCCCUCCCCUGCCCUCCCUCCCUCCCCUCCCCUCCCCUCCCCUCCCCUCCCCUCCCCUCCCCUCCCCUCCCCUCCCCUCCCCUCCCCUGCCCUGCCCUGCCCUCCCCUCCCCUCCCCUCCCCUCCCCUGCCCUCCCCUCCCCUCCCCUCCCCUGCCCUCCCCUGCCCUCCCCUCCCGUCCCCUCCCCUCCCCUCCCCUGCCCUCCCCUGCCCUCCCCUCCCCUCCCCUGCCCUCCCCUCCCCUCCCCUCCCCUCCCCUCCCCUCCCCUCCCCUCCCCUCCCCUGCCCUCCCCUGCCCUCCCCUCCCCUCCCCUGCCCUCCCCUCCCCUCCCCUCCCCUCCCCUCCCCUCCCCUCCCCUCCCCUCCCCUCCCCUCCCCUCCCCUGCCCUCCCCUCCCCUCCCCUCCCCUGCCCUCCCCUGCCCUCCCCUCCCCUCCCCUCCCCUCCCCUCCCCUCCCCUCCCCUCCCCUCCCCUCCCCUCCCCUCCCCUCCCCUCCCCUCCCCUCCCCUCCCCUCCCCUGCCCUCCCCUCCCCUCCCCUCCCCUCCCCUCCCCUCCCCUCCCAGGUGGCAGUGAUAGUGGGCGACCGGAUCGACAUCUCUGAUCUGCUGCACGCUUACCGCCAUCAGCAGCACCACAGCCACCACCACCACCACCACCACCAACACCAGCUCGCACAGCCUCAGCAGCACACCAUCACCCGCACCACCACCAGCACCACAGCCAGCACCACCAGCCCUACAGACGACUCCACCGCCCAUCCGCCCGCCUCCCUCACUUCACACCCCCCUCCUCCCUCCGCGCUGCUGGACGCCAUCAGUGCGCGCAUAGGGGCGCACCUGCAGCGCCUGCACGCCACCCUGCUGGCACAUGAACGGCACCUGCUUGAGGGGGGCGCUCUGCCGGAAGGGGCUUUGCUGGGGGAGGAGUCGUUGGCAGUUGAGGGGCGAAUGGCGGGUGUAGAUGGGAGUGUGUUGGGUUUAGAAGGCCGUGUGCCUGAUGAUAUGGAGAUGGCAGCAGUGAUGGGUGGGGGUGGGGCCGUGGCAGGAGUGAGGAUGGGUGGUGGGAACGAUGGAGGUGCAGCUUCCACUCAAGCUGCUUGGGAGAGCAUGGCAGAGGGCAGAAAAGAGGGCGAUGGGUUUAAGUUGAGUGAGCCACAGCAGCUGCACUGGCAAUUACAGCCCACUGACACUCGCGUUUCACAUUGGCCGUUCCCUCUCGCAGCCCAUCCCCUCAGCUGCUUGGAGGACCACAGAUGGCCCUCUCUCGCACUCGCCUCCCACAUGGCUCAUGCUUCUUCCACUGGUGGCAGCAGCAGCAGCAGCAGCAGCAGCAGCAGCAGCAGCAGCAGGAGUGGUGCUGCUGGCCUGUCCCGGUCCCAGUGGGCAGUAGCAGCAGCAGCAGCGGCGGUGGUGGCAGCGGGGGAGGCAGUGGAGAGGCAGCAGGAGGCGGAGAGGGUGGCGCUGCUGUUUGGAUUUGCUGCCCGCUGUGCCGUGGGUGGGGGGCAGUGGAUGCAAAGAGAAGCAGUUCUGAUUUGA